GCCCUGGACCAGGCGGCCGUGGCGCGGGUGGCGGCUGCUGUGGUGGCUGUGGGGACGGAGGCGGUGAAGUGCCAUCUUCGGCUAGGUCGUCACAGGCUUCGGCUCAUGGCAUCAAGUGGCAUCCAUCAUAAGAUCGUUAACUGAAGACAAUAUGCAAAAUUCUCACAUGGAUGAAUACAGAAAUUCUAGUAAUGGCAGCACAGGCAACAGUUCAGAGAAGAAACUGAAAUGGCAAGUGCUGUGGACCUUCCAGUGACGCUGACAGAAACAGAAGCAAAUUUCCCUCCGGAAUAUGAAAAAUUUUGGAAAACUGUAGAAAAUAAUCCUCAGGAUUUUACAGGCUGGGUAUAUUUGCUUCAAUAUGUAGAACAGGAGAAUCACUUGAUGGCUGCCAGGAAGGCAUUUGACAGAUUUUUCAUACACUAUCCUUAUUGCUAUGGUUACUGGAAAAAGUAUGCAGACCUUGAAAAGCGGCACGACAACAUUAAACCAUCAGAUGAGGUGCGUACAUCACUGAAUAAACUUAUCUCCAAUAGGUACUGUAAGCCAAUUAAUAACAAAACAAAGAUUUUUUUUUUUUUUUUUGGCUGGCAGUACCUACCAUUUAUGGUCAAACAAUUUUUAUAGGGUAUUUAUUUGCAUUUGUCACUCUUGUGGCAUUUGUAGCUAAUAUUUUCUCUCUUUGUUGGCAGGUGCGUUAAACCUCUACAGUUUGUCAAGCUUUGCAGUGCAAGCCUCUGUAUUACACUGCAGCUUAACAAGUAGGGCAGGGCUUUUCUCUCACUUACAUUUAUUUCUCAUUUUCCAAACAAUAUAGUUGGUUUGCUAGUCACAUUUGCUACGUCUUAUUGCAUUUUUGGUCAGACGCUGUCAUUGAUGCUCUAAUGGGUCUGUGCCCUAUGGUCUGUAACCCAAAGCCUGCCCACACAACCCGGUCAGAAUGCAGGGACUGCUGCGCUUUGAAGAUCAAGACUCUGCACGUGGGGAUCAGAACAUUGCCAUGUUCUAUCCAACCUCCACCCAAAUGGUUUAUCGGCGGGGGCUUCAGGCAAUACCUCUUAGUGUUGACCUUUGGAUACAUUAUAUAAACUUCUUAAAAGAAACAUUGGACCCUGGUGAUCCUGAGACAAACAAUACAAUAAGAGGAACUUUUGAGCAUGCUGUUCUAGCUGCAGGAACAGAUUUCCGUUCUGACAGACUGUGGGAAAUGUAUAUAAACUGGGAAAAUGAGCAGGGAAACCUGAGAGAAGUUACAGCUAUAUAUGAUCGUAUUCUUGGUAUUCCAACACAGCUGUAUAGUCAUCAUUUUCAGAGAUUUAAAGAACAUGUACAGAAUAAUUUGCCUAGAGAUCUUUUAACUGGUGAACAGUUUAUUCAGUUGCGAAGGGAAUUAGCUUCUGUAAAUGGUCAUAGUGGUGAUGAUGGUCCUCCUGGUGAUGAUCUACCAUCGGGAAUUGAAGACAUAACCGAUCCUGCAAAGCUAAUUACAGAAAUAGAAAACAUGAGACAUAGAAUCAUUGAGAUUCAUCAAGAAAUGUUUAAUUAUAAUGAGCAUGAAGUUAGUAAAAGGUGGACAUUUGAAGAAGGUAUUAAAAGACCUUACUUUCAUGUGAAACCUUUGGAAAAGGCACAACUAAAAAACUGGAAAGAAUACUUAGAAUUUGAAAUUGAAAAUGGGACUCAUGAACGAGUUGUGGUUCUCUUUGAAAGAUGUGUCAUAUCAUGUGCCCUCUAUGAGGAGUUUUGGAUUAAGUAUGCCAAGUACAUGGAAAACCAUAGCAUUGAAGGAGUGAGGCAUGUCUUCAGCAGAGCUUGUACUAUACAUCUCCCAAAGAAACCCAUGGUGCAUAUGCUUUGGGCAGCUUUUGAGGAACAGCAGGGUAAUAUUAAUGAAGCCAGGAAUAUCUUGAGAACAUUUGAAGAAUGUGUUCUAGGAUUGGCAAUGGUUCGUUUACGAAGAGUAAGUUUAGAACGACGGCAUGGAAAUCUGGAAGAAGCUGAACAUUUGCUUCAGGAUGCCAUUAAGAAUGCCAAAUCAAAUAAUGAAUCUUCAUUUUAUGCUGUCAAACUAGCCCGGCAUCUUUUCAAAAUACAGAAAAACCUUCCAAAAUCAAGAAAGGUGCUUUUGGAAGCAAUCGAAAGAGACAAAGAGAACACAAAGUUAUACCUCAAUUUACUUGAAAUGGAAUAUAGUGGUGACCUCAAACAAAAUGAAGAAAAUAUCCUAAAUUGUUUUGACAAAGCUGUACAUGGUUCAUUACCUAUUAAAAUGAGAAUUACAUUUUCUCAGAGAAAAGUGGAAUUUCUUGAAGAUUUUGGUUCCGAUGUUAAUAAGCUUCUGAAUGCUUAUGAUGAACAUCAAACACUCCUGAAAGAACAGGAUUCUUUAAAAAGGAAAGCAGAAAAUGGAUCAGAAGAACCAGAGGAAAAGAAAGCACAUACAGAAGAUACAACUUCAUCAUCUACACAGAUGAUUGAUGGUGAUUUACAGGCAAACCAAGCUGUAUAUAAUUAUAGUGCAUGGUAUCAAUACAAUUAUCAGAAUCCUUGGAAUUAUGGACAAUAUUAUCCUCCCCCUCCAACCUGAUGGGAAAAAUGUAAAUUUCAAAUGCAGUGUGUGAAAAGUAUGAAAUUAUUAUUUUUUUUAAUGAGGGAUGUAAACAGUAUAAGCUUGUUGUAUUUGAUAACCUGUCUUCCUUGUUUCUGCGUAACAUGAUUUGUUUAGUAAUAGGGGGAAAAUGUCAAUUAGUAGCUUACCACAGAUACUGUUUCCUACCAUUUAUAAAAUUUACUUUUUAUUGAAAAACUAUUUUUUGAUUUUUGCAUUAAGUGGUCUAGAAUUCUUUUGCAAUGCAUUUGCAACAGAAUUUUGUAGCCUUAAGGGGUAGGAAGAAAAACCUGACUGCAAAUCAUGUCAGUGUAGUACAAAAUUCUGAAAACACGUAAGGGCUGGUUAUUUACCUCUUUUUUUUUUUUUAAAAAGGACUUUUAACCUUUGCUGACAAGGUUUUGUCUGUUUCAGUUAUACUUGUGAAUUGUGAUCUAACUGCAGAAAGGAUACACUAUUAAAAUACUUUGCCUUGGAAUAGAUUAUAAAUGAGAAAAUGGAAUGUUUGCAUCCCUUUAAAAAUGAAAAUCAUAUCAAAAGUAUGUUGUUUCAGGAGACUUUGUAUUUAGAAUAUUCAUGUAAAACUUGUGAACAAGCUUUCAUUUUGAUCAAACUGAUCUUCAUUUUUGUAAUAAAACGGAAGACUCAUCCAGUAA